CAACAAUCUGGGUGUCUUGGAGAAGCUCGUUUAUUCUUGGAAUUUCUCACUCUCAAACCAAAUCUUGCGGAAUCCCCUGCAGGACUGUUAUGGAAAGUCCUGUACUUGUCCAUCUCAGUCUGCUCACAUAAACACACUAAUCUGGGCACACCACGGGCCAGUUUAAUGUCUCUAAUAUAAUAUGGACUUGCCUCCAUAUCUGUCACUUUCCACUCCUCUGUGUGUAGUCAGUGGGUAUUUGCAACAACAGAUUAGACAAGGAGCCUCCCUGAACACCAGUAUUUAUUUGAUGUAUUCUCCACACCGUGCCAGGCUCAAGGGUUUUGAUUAAUUCCAUGACAAGACUUCUCAUAACUUCAGCUCAGUGAUCGGAUGUCUUUUUUCACAGAUUCUCAAAUCGUGGCAAAUUUUGAGAAUUACAUUUCUAAAGAUUCUCAGAUCAUUGAAAAUGUUACAAAACUGGAAGAAUAUGUUUAUAAAGUGUGUGCCAAUACCUGCAGUGGUAGCUGGAACUUGUUCAAUGGGGCCUUCUACUACUGUUCCAAGGAGAAAAAGGGCUGGAAAGAAGCACGCACAUUCUGUCAAUCCCAAAACUCAGACCUUGCAGUGAUCAACAGCGACGAAGAGCUGAAAUAUCUACAGGACAAAGGACCCGCAAAAGAACUGUGGCUUGGACUGAGUGAUUCAGAUAACGAAGGCACCUGGAAGUGGCUGGGUGGACGUGUGGUUGAGAAGAGAUUGUGGCAUAAAGGAGAACCAAACAACUAUGAAAACAAUGAAGACUGUGGGCUGCUGAGCAAUGGCCUGCUAAAUGACUUAACAUGUGAAGCAAAACUGCACUGGAUUUGUGAAAAGUGACUUUGAAAUCCUCUCUGCUUUAUUUUUCACAAUACCUUUUUAAAUCAUUCAGAAAUAGUUUAAAUCUGGCCUGGGUUGAUACGGACGAUGACCAGGAUCAUGCACGUUGAAAUUGUUCUGUUAUUUUAUGCUUGUAUGAUUUUGUAUUCCUGUUUUCAUGUUUGCUGUUAGUGUUUCUGUCCUGUUUGAAUGAUUUAUUGAUUUUUGUAAAGUGUUAUUUCUCUUGCCAGGACCCCCUUGACACUGAGAUGUAUAUCUCAAGGGCUCUGUCCUGCUUAAAUAAAUACCAUUGAAAU